GGCUGGACGGCUCUCAUGUUUGCCUCGAAGAAUGGGCAGUCACACGUAGUCAGAGAACUCAUCAGAAAAGGUUCUGACCCUUUAAAAGUGAAUUCGACGGGUCAAACCGCCCAGGACCUGGCAGAAUUCUGGCUCCACGGGGAAGUCGUCAACAUCCUCUCAUCAUCCACCUCCCAACCGGAAGUCAAUCUGCAGAGAAGAACCAACUACUUAUGUGAUAACCCACUGGAUAGGUCUUCUAAAAAACGUUCGGACGAUGUCUGGAUGAAGGGGGCACUCACAGAUCCGUUGUCUGUUUUUGUCGUCCUCUCUGGACUCUGCCCUCUUGUUAUCCCUCUUAAUGAAAAUAAAUUAGUUAACGAUUUUUUCAAUUUUAAUUCUCAGCUCUCUGACGUUAAGGCAAAACUGGCUCGGUUCAGCUAUGAACAAGCUCUGCAGCUAUCUCCAAAUUUAUUACAAUAUUAUAUAUUCCUCGGUAGAGAGCAGAAUGAGGUGGACACCACGUCAGGAAGAAACCACAAAGAGGACGACGAUGACUACCACCGCCACCACCGCCACCAACAGCGAGGAUAUCAUCACGGGAGAAGCUGGUUUGCAGUUGAAACAAAAUUAUCUCCGACGGAACUGCAUGCAAUUGAACCCGGGAUCACCAAGCUUCCCUUCCCACUCGGGUUCUCCAGUUUGAUGCGAUCGGAAGCGGCAAUUGUGUGUCAGGCUCGUUCGAUGAUGGCCUGGCACGACAGGAAUCAGUUCUGCUCGACGUGUGGCUCUGCCUCGGUGGCUGAAGAGGCGGGCUACAAGAGGCGCUGUCGCAACGACGCUUGCAAGAGUAACAAGGGUGGAGCCUACAACACCUGCUACCCUCGCCUGGACCCCACGGUCAUUAUGGCGAUAUCUAGCCCGGAUAACAAGCGUCUGCUUCUUGGCAGGAACAAGCGGCGCCACAUUCCCAACAUGUGGUCGGUUCUGGCUGGAUUCAUGGAACCUGGAGAAAGCAUUGAAGAGGCCUGCAGAAGGGAGGUGUUUGAGGAGACCAGGGUGAACGUAGGUGAGGUCAGCUACCAUUCGAGCCAGCCCUGGCCGAUGCCCAGCACUCUCAUGAUUGGCUGUAUUGGGAGGGCCAUCGACAGCGACAUUGUGAUCGACGAAUCAGAACUGGCGGAGGCCCGUUGGUUUCAGACCUCUGAGGUCAAGCAGAUGUUGGAUGGCACGCACCCGGAGUGCCUCACCCUGCCCCCGCCACAGGCCAUAGCCCAUCAGCUCAUUCUCCAGUGGCUUGGGUCGUCGGAGACGCCAGGUGAUACGCCGCUGGUGACGUCACAAGAUCGGCCGUCCAUGACGUCAUCAGCGCUUUCAAAAUCUUCGCUAUGA